GAUCCUGAAUUAACAACACCAUGUUUUUGGAGAAACCUCACAUUUCACGUGCUGCUGGGGUAUAUGGUAUAUGAGGUGCCGGCUUCUUGGUUUUUCCCUCCUCUUCAACUGAUGAGCAGUGUGGAUAUUCAUGAGGUUUGUCAAGUUCCUAAGCCUGAGCUGACUCCCCUUCCCUUGUCUGAGACUGACCAACGAGGAUGAGCAGUAAGGCUUCGUGAGCAGCAUUAUCUACUCUCGCAAGGUUCUGGGAGCCCUCCUGAGGCUCCCAAUCAUCCGGCUGCAGGACUAGAGGCCCCAGCAGGAGGGGAGCUCCGCGGAUUCCAGGCUGUAGCCGCCACCAGUGCUUCUCAGGGCACAGGAGCCCACGCUGGGGAGGAGAGGACUUGCUGGAAACAGUCGCAGCCCAGGUUCCCCCCUGCACCCACCCCUGCGUGUCCUCGUCUGCCUCGGCUGUCAGUACAUAUUCCCUACUGAAUGCUACCUCAAACACGACUUUGGCAUGAAAAGGAUGUCAUUCAACCAGAGAUGUAAAUGCUGAGCCAACAGGGUCAGGACCAGUCUGUUUGGAAGGAAGCUGUCUUUUCACUGUCCCAGGCCAUUGCCACAGCUCCGUGGAUGGUCAGUCGGGAGGCUGUGCCCUUUCCCCCAGGAACUCGGUCAAGUGAGCAAAACAUCUCAGCCUGUCACAGGAAGCUGCUUCAGGAGGGCAGCCUGAAGAUGGUUAAUUACACGUUGGCACCAGAGGACGAGUAUGAUGUCCUCAUAGAGGGCGACCUGGAGAAUAAUGAGAUAGAACAAUGUGACAGCUAUGACGCCAAUACCCUCUCAACCCAGCUGGUGCCGCAGCUCUGCUACACGGUGUUCGUGGCCGGUCUCCUGGGAAAUAUCUUGGUUGUGCUUGUCCUGGUAAAAUAUAAGGGACUCAAACACAUGGAAAAUAUCUAUUUUCUAAACUUGGCAGUUUCUAAUGUGUGCUUCCUGCUUGUCCUGCCAUUUUGGGCUCACGCUGCUGCACCUGGGGAGAGUCUUGGCCAGCCUGCGUGUAAGGUCCUCGUGGGACUCCAUGCCUUAGGUGUGUACAGCCAGGCUCUUUUCAAUACCCUUCUGACUGUGCAAAGGUACCUGGUGUUCUUCCAAGUGGGAAGCUUUUCCCCGGCCACCAGGAUGGUGCCCUGCACCAUCACUACAAGCAUCCUGGUGUGGAUAAUGAUCAUUCUGGUCACUUUGCCUGAAUUCAUGUUUUAUAAGGCCCAGAUGGCAGGCCAGAAGUACAAGUGCUCCUUUAGCAGACCUUACUUCCUGUCAGCUGAUGAGACAUUCUGGAAGCAUCUCCUGACCUUAAAGAUGAACAUUUUGGUGCUUGUUUUCCCGCUGUCUGUUUUUAUGUUCUGCUAUGUGCGAAUGAGGACAACACUACAGUUCAGGGAGAGCAGGUAUGGCCUUUUCAAGCUCGUUUUUGCCAUAAUGGCUGUCUUCCUUCUGAUGUGGGCACCCUACAACAUUGCCCUUUUCCUGUCUGCUUUCAAAGAGUACUUCUCCCUACAUGACUGCAAGAGCAACUACAACCUGGACAGAAGUGUCCAGAUAACGAAAAUCAUCGCCACCACCCACUGCUGCUUCCCCCCUCUCCUCCACGUGGCUCUCAACAAGGCAUUUAGGAAGUACCUCUGCCGCCUUUUCCAUCUGUGUAAUAACACUCCACUUCAGCCCAGGGAGGAAUCUGCACAAGGGACAGCAUGGGACCAACAUGACCAUUCCACUGAAGUGUAACUAGCUCCCUCUACAGGUGGGGCAAAUAAACACUGACUUUUAUUCCUUUGCA